CCAUGUCUGAGCUGGAGAAGGCCAUGAUUGCCAUCAUUGAUGCCUUCCACCAAUAUUCAGGGAAGGAGGGAGACAAGCACAAGCUGAAGAAAUCAGAACUGAAGGAGCUCAUUAACAAUGAGUUGACCCAUUUCCUUGGUGAGAUCAAAGACCAGGAGACUGUGGACAAAGUCAUGGAGGCGCUGGACAGCGAUGGGGACGCAGAGUGCGACUUCCAGGAGUUUGUAGCCUUCAUUGCAAUGGUCACCGCUGCUUGCCAUGAGUUCUUUGAGCACGAGUGAGCUGGUGGGAAGCAGGCAAGCACAUCUCUCCUGCUCAUGCUGGAGAGAUGCAGAGCAGCAUCGCUCCUCUGGGAAAAGACUGGGUGCAACUAGGGGCUCCUUGGAGUUAAGCUUGUGCUAGACUUAAGCAGCUUAUUAAGCUCUGCGGCUUUGUGAACAAGAAACACCCACACGGCUCAGGAAAGCCUAUUGGCUAGCGCCCGCCUGGCUGGAUGGGGUGCGCGAACGCCUUGACUCAAGCUCCUUCCCUACUGCUGUACGCAAGGGACAUGUAUGGGGCUGGA